AUGCGCAUGUGUGCAAAACUCCCAGACCAGAAGCCUCUCGCCCCUGCUAAAAAAGAUAUUAAUGAAUGUCUGAUACUUGGCAUUUGUAAAGAUGCAGAAUGUGUGAACACCCGGGGAAGCUUCCUCUGCACUUGCAAAUCUGGCACUAUGUUGGAUCCAUCCCGCAGUCAUUGUAUCUCGGAUAAAGCAGUUUCCACAGAGCAGGGGAUGUGCUUUCGUUCAGCAGUAGCAGGAGUCUGUGACCUUCCACUUAAUCAGCGAAUCACUAAACAGAUUUGUUGUUGCAGUCGUGUUGGCAAAGGAUGGGGAGGAAACUGCGAGAAGUGCCCAUUGCCUGGCUCUGAAGCCUUUAAGGAGAUUUGCCCUGCAGGGCAUGGCUACACCUAUUCCAGCUCUGACAUACGAAUGUCCAUGAGAAAGGCAGAAGCAGAUGAACUUCCACUCAGUUCAGAGGAGCAGGGGGGGAAAAGCGACAGGGCUCCUGACUGGAUAACAAGAAAGCAGCAACUGCAGGAGGUCUUGAAUGGUGCUGUCACUGACACACUAUCCCAGACUGACCUCUCAGCUGGAAAGGGUAAAUCUAAAUCCAUUCAAGACACAGAUGAUGUUACCCAAGAACCUGACAGUGACCCAGUCUAUAUGGUAGAAGUUUCUCCUCAUUCUCCUGCCCAGCCAUUUCCAGGAGUUGUAGGGGAGGAUGCUGCUCCAGUAGAUGAAGCAACACUGUUUCCAGAAAUAAGUGCCUGCUCCUCUUCGUCCAAUAUUUGUGGGCCGGGCACCUGCGUGAACCUUCCAGGAGGAUACACCUGUCUUUGUUACCCUGGCUUCCACCAGCAUCCCAGUCAUACGUACUGCAUAGAUGUUGAUGAAUGUGAGAGAAAUACAUGUGGUGGGAAUGGCCAUUGCAUCAACAAUGAGGGCUCCUAUUCUUGUCUCUGUUUCUCUGGAUACACUCUUCUCACCACACAGGACUCACAGACAUGCCAAGAUUUCAAUGAAUGUGAGCAGCCUAAUAUGUGUCACGGAGGGCAGUGUAUCAACACCCCUGGCUCUUACCACUGUGAAUGCAAGACAGGCUACAUCCUAAGUCAUGGAGGAGAGUGUGAAGACUUUGACGAAUGUGCAAACCCUAAUGCCUGCCCCAGAGGACGCUGUAUCAACUCUCAGGGGUCCUUUUCCUGUGUGGCUUGUAGCAUGGGAUAUAUUGCAUCGAGCGAUGGAAGAACAUGUGAAGGUAUUAUUGAGGUUAACCGAUGUGGUUACUGGUCGGCUUGUCCUCAGUAGAUAACUACAAACGCACAGGGGAACUUUGUAUGUAUAGAUUGUUCUUUGCCAUUAAUGAUGUCCCCCAUUACUUGGACAGAUAUUAAUGAAUGUGAAGACCCAAAUACUCACUGCCUGGGAGGCAAGUGCUUAAAUACUCCUGGCUCCUACAUGUGCCACUGCCAACCUGGAUUUGAGCUCUUCAAUGGGACCAUGUGCGAAGAUGUAAAUGAAUGCUUGGACAGUGGGAUUUGCAGCCCCAAUGGUGAGUGCCUGAAUAGCCACGGAUCGUAUUUCUGCAUUUGUGCUCUCGGCUUCUCAAACGCUGCUGGUGGAGUCAGUUGCCAAGAUGUAGAUGAAUGUGCAGACCAUUCCCGCUGUUUACGUGGUCAGUGCCUGAAUACAGAAGGGUCCUACAGAUGCUUGUGUCAGACAGGCUUCAAGUAUUCCGAGGAAACGGAUGACUGCAUAGACGUAGAUGAAUGUGAAGAAUACAGGAAUGCUGUGUGCGGCACGUGGCAAUGCCAGAACACUUUGGGCUCAUACCGCUGCAUUAUGGGAUGUCCACUGGGCUUCCAUCGCACCCCAUUUGGAGAAUGCAUCGAUGUUGAUGAAUGUGCUAAUGAGACGCUUUGUGGAAGCCAUGCCUACUGUGACAACACAGAGGGCUCGUUCCGGUGUCUGUGUGAUCGUGGCUAUGAAAACUCACCUUCAGGCCAUGACUGCAUUGAUGUAAACGAAUGUGAGCUCAUGGUUGCAGUGUGUGGAACUGCACUCUGUGAGAACGUAGAAGGAGCCUUCCUGUGCCUGUGUCCCAGUGACCAUGAGGAGUAUGAUACAGAAGCCGGAAUGUGUCGCCCCCGAUCAGGCAUGGAGGAACCUGGAAGGCCUGUUUCUUUGCUUCCUGGGAAAGAGUGCUACUACCACAUCAGUGAUGUCCCGCUGUGUGACAGUGUCUUGGCCAACAACACCACCAAGGAGGAAUGCUGCUGCACUGAAGGAGCAGCCUGGGGAGACACCUGCGAGACUCAUCCCUGCCCUGUCAUGGGCUCAGUGGAAUAUAUUGAGAUUUGCCCCAGUGGGAAAGGCUAUAUUCCUGUGGAAGGAACACUGAUCUUUGGACAGACAUCAUACACAGAUGCUGAUGAGUGUGAAAUGUUCGGCCUUGAAGUCUGUCGGAAUGGACACUGUGUGAACACUGUGCCAGGCUAUACGUGCUUUUGCCACACCGGUUAUUUCUUUGACUCCAGCAAGCUUGAGUGUAUUGAUCUAGAUGAGUGUGAGAAUGAAGACACCUGCGCAAAUGGGAAAUGUCUCAACACAGCCGGCUCCUAUCACUGCUUCUGUAGCCUUCCCCUGGUGCUGGAUGCCACCCGCAACCGCUGUAUCAACGUGUCCAACAGUGCAGAUGAUGUGGAUGAACAUGAUAUUCACUUGGACAUCUGCUGGCAACAAGUCUCCAACUACAUUUGCAACGAGCCGCUGCUGGGGCAGCGAACCACAUACACAGAAUGCUGCUGCCGUUAUGGGGAAGCCUGGAGCCAAGACUGUGCACUCUGCCCCCCAAGGUCCUCUGAGGACUUUGCUCAGCUAUGCAACGUUGCCAGAGGUGAGGCUGCACUCCAAGAGAGGCCUGGCUAUGAAUAUGGACCAGGUCAGGAAGACCACCAAUAUGGACUCUAUAGCCCAGAUUUAGAGCCCUAUUACAACCACUUGGGUCUUGAGUAUGGCACCUCUGAUGUCAGCCACGCCAACAGAGAAUUGAGCAGUGAAGUUGAAGAGAGCCCAUCCAUACAAGCACCACAGCUUCGCCCUGUACAAACACAGCCUCGCUAUAUGCCCGGCCAUAUUGGGCAGUACAGCAGCUUUGAGGGGUUGCGAGCUGAAGAAUGUGGGAUUCUGAAUGGUUGUGAUAAUGGACGCUGUGUGCGUGUGCAGGAGGGAUACACCUGCGACUGUUUUGAUGGCUUCCGGUUAGACUUGAUACGCAUGGCCUGUGUGGAUGUUAAUGAGUGUGAAGAGGCAAGUGCCACCAUGCCCCUGUGCGAGGGCAGCAUCUGCGAAAACACAGAGGGCUCUUACCGUUGCAACUGCUUGCCUGGAUACAUAGCUUUAGCCGAGCCCCAUCGCUGUGUGCCAGAGACAGCUCAGACGAGUCCAGAGGCAGCGUGAUUUCAGAAGGCAGUGACUGAACAGAGGCAACCCCUUCAGUCAGGCGCCACUAGGGGAGCUGGAGGCCCAUCAAUCUGGGCAAGAACUCCUGCAGCAUCAGCUUUAAAGCCCGUCCAUUGUUUCCCGAAGCACAAAAAUGCAACAUCUCUCACUGGGCUGAACUCACGAAGGCCAAUGAGGAGCUCUAAAAGGUUCAAGCAUCAGCCUUUCUGGCCUACUCAACACAAGCGUACUGCUUCAGCCACCAUGCACUCAGGGUCCAAUCCGCUCACCAGUUGCCAUUUGACAGGUUGUGGUCUUUGCCAAUCCCUAUUUUUAAAACAAACCAGACAUCCUUGCCCUCCGCUCACUUCCACUGUAUGGGCUAAUAGGGCACUCUUAUUUCAUCUCAUUUGUCCCUCAGUUCUUUGUAGGAUUUUGUCUCAUCAGUCAGGCCUUAUUCCCCACCUGCAAUAUUCUCCCCCUACCCCCAACCCAUAUUGUGGAAGACCCCUUUACCUUACACAGAACCACUACAUUCCAUAUACCUUACCUCGCCUCCCUCAGAAGCAGUGUGGAAGUUGGUCGGUCAGUCAGUCACAGAUGGUCAAGUAACAUAAAUGGAGGUCUCUUUCAACCUUUUGGAUUGUGUAUUUUUGCGGCAGCAACUGAAGAACACCCCCAUUCCACAGAUGUCACAGGAUCCCUGUAAUCCUGCCUCCUCAAGAUAGCAAUGCAAGAAACACCGCCUUCCGUACCUGAGCCUGGAACAAGCUGGCCAACUUCAGAGCAUAUGGAUUCUAUUUAUAGUCAGGCAGCAGCUUGGACUCCAAAGGCCUUUUUGACUUAAGCCCUCUAUAUUCAUCCCAGGGCAUUUACCUGCUGCACUUUCUAUGACUGCUGGAUUAUAAAAGUUUGGGAAGUGGGAAGGAUUACCACUCUUUAGCUUCAGAAAGUGUUCUAUGUGGUAUUUUCUA